CCAUGGAGACAGGUGAUGACGGAUCCUAUUAAGCGUUACAUGACUGUACGGACAUUUUACAGCAUCAAGGUCUUGUGCGCUCGUGACGGGGAAGUAAGUUACAUAUACUUGUAGUGAAGGAUCAUGUGUUCGUGUAUGCCAAGAGAUCUGUGUUAAAAGUUGUUACCUUGUCGGGUGGUUGGAAUGUGUACUUUGCAUGUAUUCAACUGAGGUUACAACAUCAGCGUAAACCGUUUGGCAUUUGAGCAGAUUUAAGUGAUGGUUGGAGUGUUUCGUGUAGCCUCGAUACGGAUAUUAGGACAAGUACAACAUUUCCUUCCGUGGCGGUGACUGUUAACGCAAAGAUGCCGUUCCGGAUACCAAUGUGUUGGAAGUUCAGCAAUCGCCAUCUCCUCCCCAUCACCGCCCUCAACCUCUGCGUCCUCAUCACCAUCUUCUUCAUCUUUGACGUCAUCCCCGUCUCUAGAAGAAAACUCCGUGAGAUCAGAACGACCGCGCCCUACCCACGAACAUCUUCCAGCCCCUUGGUCGAGUACCACGACACCCCUAACUGCAGCGAUGCCUGUCCUGUUCCGUCUGUACCCCCAUGUCCGAGGGACGCCGUCAACCCCUUGUAUGUGUUUUACGGUCACCAGGAACUACUUUCGUCACCGGAAGUGUUUACACCGAGGCGUACUAUCAUUACGCCGCUUAACUACCCUUUCUCCAUAAAAAGCAACGUCUGUCCUGAUAAAAGUAGUCCUCUGUUGUUGAUAAUGGUUCUUUCUGUGCAUGAUCACAUAAGGGAACGAAAUAGCGUAAGAAACACUUGGGGGAGCGUCGCCCGUGAUAAACCAUGGCCUAAGAGAAAGUUAUUCGGCGAAACAAAAUUGGUGUUUCUUCUUGGUACUCAUGCGAAUGAGAAAUUAAAUGAGAAAGUUCGCGCAGAAGCGGAAGUGCACGGCGACAUUGUAAUGGCGAACUUCACAGAAUCGUACUACAAUUUGACGUUGAAGGUACUGACUGGGUACAAAUGGAUGAAGAUGUUUUGUCCGGGUGCACAGUUCGUGAUGAAGAUUGAUGAGGACUCGUUCCCUGAUAUUCCCAGAAUAACGAACCUUCUAGUUUCCAUUGAAAUGCAGAACACGAUAUACGGACCGCUAGCCUUCUCUGAAUCGGUUGAUAGAAAGAUCCCAAAAGCCAAAGUGUCUCAAGAAGCUUAUCCAGCUAAAUGGUACCCGCCUCACGUAAAGGGUAACAUGUACGUGAUGCCAAACGCUCUGGCUUUGAAUAUCCUCAAUGUGUCUGUGUAUUUCCCAUACGUUAACAUUGAAGAUGCUUUCAUCACGGGAAUACUCGGCAAGCAUUUCAACGCCCAUCAUUUGAACAUACCUGCUUCGCUUUAUAAUAGACACCCCAAGGGAGAGCUUAACGUGUGUAGCUUUGUGUUUGAGAAGACAAUACUAGCACAGCAAAUAUCCCCGGAAUUGGCCGAGAGAUUCUGGAGACGAAUUGUUAGUCCUGAACUUUGUGGAAUUCUUUGAAAUAACUGGACCCGAAUGAAACGAUAUUUUUAUACACACAUUUAUACGAAUGAAAUGUGGAAGUACAGGAUCCCUUCCCAACAAGUCCAACCGAGAACAUCGGAUGUUCGACAGGCACAACAGUCACGACUUCUCUGUGGACCUAAUAAACAUGCAUGACUUGAAAAAAGAGGACUAGAAUAUGUUCUGUGGUGUUCUGGUUAUCAUGGCAGCACAAACAUAAAACAGAGAAUGUAAUCAUGAACACUUUAUAUUUUAUCUAGAAAUAAAGAAGAGAAAUUU